AUAAUUCAAGGCAUUGUGGCAGCCAUCAGUACUUUGGACCUAAACAACCAGCUAGUCAUAUUGAUCACAGCACGGAUCUGACAGAUAUCACUUAACUCAUCAUUACCUCUACAUAGCAGUACCAACUCCACCUGGUAUUAAAGUGAUCACUCCAUGUAUAUAUCCUGUUGAACUGGAAACAGGUGGAACCCGUUAGAUUUUUAUAUUCAAAUUUAAAGUUCGAGUUUAAAUGGACCGAGUGAUGUCAGUGAAAGUUACAGAAAUAUUAACUAUAUCCCUGUUCCUUCUGCUUACUCUCAGAGUUACACUCGCCUAUCCUUUUGGACUUCAAAACUUUGUGGUACCAAAGGAGCCAGCAGCCGAUGACCAGAGCGAGUAUUGGAAUGAAUUACUAGAAGACCGAGGUCCAAGUGUUCCAGUGAAACGAGGAUGCGUUGGAUUUCCAUGUGUAUACACUCAUAUGGCGGAGCGGGCUGGGCGGGCUUCUAUAGAGCGAUACAUAGCCAAACUAAUUGAAGACUGCAUGAACGAUGAUCAUUGUAAUCCAGGGAAAAGAAAGAGGAGGUCUUUAUUGAAACAGAUCAAUCAACGGAGAUGAAUCCAAUCUUCUAUCGUCGGACUGGUGAAGAAUUGCCCAUAGUUUCCUUGAAACAGAAUGCCGUGGGGGAACUUAAACGGCAAUCCCGAUCUAGCUACACUAAGAUAUAAGAAAAAAAUAGGAACAAUUGAAUUCAUUUCAAUAUUUUUAUAUGCGAAUAGGUGUUAUUUACAUAUAUUUUCCAGGAUAAUGUCAUUUCUUAUAAUAUAGGUUUCUUUAUAUUUCAUUGCCUUUGUUGAUGAGGAUAUUACAUUAAGCUUGUGGGAAUCGCGUUGCCUAGGGUACCUGAACGGAUUGUAUUCAGUAUUUUCUUCUCUUUAAAGUGUCAAACUUCCAGACGGUAACUCAUGUCCGCCGUGUCUCGCGGCGACUAUUUGUCCAGAUCUUGACAGGUUCGACGGUUCAUCACUAUGUGAACACAAACAUGUCAAUUUACUCGAGUCUGUUCAAAUUCCAUUUUCUGUCAUUUCAUUGUAAAACUGUAGGUAGGUGUCAAAACAGGUUUGAAUUGUUGUAUUGGCCGAAUUUUAAAGGAACGUUCAUAUUUCCAUCGCUUAUUUCACUAAAAUACUAUAUGGAUUGACAACGAGUAGUGACUAACAAUAUCUAGAUCACGACUUCAUUCUUGAAACAUUUGAGCAAAUAGUAGACCGCCUUCUGAUUUAUAUAAGAUUAUAUAAGACAUAUAUUAACACAACUCACUUCAAAUCAAUUGCAAGGGAAUUCGAAACAAAAAGUAGAGGCAAUCAGAAGCUUAUCUUAAUAAUUAAAGAAGACUCCUGGUUUUCGCUCCUUAAAGUUACAUUCUAGCGGUACCGACGUAUAGAACAAUACCAUAGUACUGCCCACAUAUCGAGGAUCUUUAGCCUUUAUUUUAUAAUGGUAGUGGUGCUAUCUCGACCACAGCCUGAGUGUAUGUUGCUUUGGUGUCAGAUCAAAUUAACCUUAACAUCAGCUCUGCUGUAUAUGUGGCAUCUAUAAAUGUUAAUGCUUGAAAAAAAGCAAAGUUUUUUCUGUUUCAAAUGCAGUGUUACACUUCCCCGAAACCAGCAAAAACUCAUCUCAAAUCGGGGAAAGUAGAAAGUCUUAUUCUUUGCAUUUUUUGUGAUAAUGACGAAGAACUGACUUCAAACUAGGAUAUUUAAUAGUUUCCAAACUUGUAAUAGCACCAGAAUAAUUGUCAACAUGGUAUUGCUAUCUGUGAAACCUAUCUGCAAGAAUUGAUGAAAUGAGAGGUAAGAAUAUAUUCAGCCAUGUCCAUUUUCUUUUCGUUGUAAGUUUUCCAUGUGAGUAACACAAGACUGAUCGAUCCUUCACUAAACAACAACCUCUAAUUCAUCCUUACAAACGAUUGACAAAACGACGUUACAGAUAUGAAAUUUGAUAAAAGCGAUUUUUUUUUCUAUUUUGUUUCGUCAUAUAAUUAUAAAUUGGAAUACUUUUUUUCUCCUUUCAAUAUUUCUUCUAUAGCCAUUUUAAGUCUUCGUGCUUGUUGAUAGCAGAUAUGCUUGUUAGUACAAUAAGGUUUUGGCAUACAGUAAUUUUGAAAAUUAUUUUUGAGUCAUAAGAAAAUAAACUGUUUCCAGAAAAGACAA